UGAAGAUAAAAUAUGGUAUCGUUAUCUGAAAUUAAGUGGUUAUAGUGUGUGUAUGUAUGGAGUAACUUUUAUUAUUUCGUGUAAAUAUGGUUACGAUGUUUAGUUAAAAAAGAUUAUCUGGGCUGUGUGGUUGAACGUAAAGAUUGUCAAAAAGUUGGCUUUUAUAUUUACGCAAGUAAAAAGUCAAAAGGACCGUUUCUUUAUCUUGAUCUAUCAGAAUACAGCAGCGUUGAAGAAAAAAAACAUGUUUUUAACUGUCAUAAUGCUUGGUACUUUGAGAUAACAUCAAGAUGGAAUGAUCCAACAGAAGUCUUUGGUGCUAAAACAGAUUAUUAUAGAACGGUAAGAUGAAUGAAUAUUCAUUGCUGAUUCAGUUUGAGGAUGAACAAGGGCUUUCAUCAUGGAAGUUAAGAACCUACAGCUUUUUAGCAACUAAACUUUCAAUAAAGAAACAAAUGGAAAACG